GCCAUUGAUUCCACCAUACUACACACUCCCCAGCACACACCAUGGCCUCGAAUAAUCCGACCCAGAUUUUUGCCGAUGAUGUCGUCGAGGAGAAGGGCGAGAACGCCCGUCUUUCUGCCUUUGUCGGUGCUAUUGCUGUCGGAGACCUGGUCAAGUCGACAUUAGGGCCUAAGGGCAUGGACAAGAUAUUGCAGUCUGCAUCUACUGGUGAAAUCCUGGUCACAAAUGACGGCGCUACGAUUCUCAAGUCGAUUGCGCUCGACAAUGCGGCCGCCAAGGUCCUAGUCAACAUUUCCAAGGUGCAAGACGACGAAGUCGGUGAUGGAACAACGUCUGUCGCGGUUCUGGCAGCCGAAUUGCUCAGGCAAGCGGAGAUCCUCGUCGACAAGAAGAUACACCCACAAACCAUCAUCGACGGAUACCGGAUAGCCAGCAAGGCUGCUCUGGAAGCGCUCGAGAAGUCGGCCGUGGACCGCAGCGGAGACCCCAUUGCCUUCCGCAAGGACUUGCAUGCUAUUGCCCGCACAACUCUCAGCUCCAAGGUUCUCGCCCAGGACCGCGAGCACUUCGCAACGCUCGCCUGCGAUGCUGUGCUCAGAAUGAAGGGAUCUACUGAUCUGAGCCAUAUCCAGAUUAUCAAGAAGGCUGGUGGGAAGCUCUCAGACUCGUAUCUUGAUGAAGGGUUUAUUCUCGAUAAGAAGUUUGGCGUCAAUCAACCGAAGCGAUUGGAGAAUGCCAAGAUUUUGGUUGCGAACACGGCGAUGGACACAGACAAGAUCAAGAUUUUUGGCGCACGCGUCAAGGUUGAUAGCACUGGUAAACUGGCUGAAUUGGAAAAGGCCGAGCGGGAAAAGAUGCGCGCUAAGGUUGAGAAGAUCAAAUCACACGGCAUUAACUGCUUUGUCAACCGACAGCUUAUCUAUAACUGGCCCGAGCAGCUUUUCAGUGAAGCUGGAAUUGCCAGCAUCGAGCAUGCAGACUUCGACGGUGUUGAACGACUAGCCCUUGUCACAGGCGCUGAGAUUGCGUCGACAUUCGACAAUCCCGACCAGGUCCAACUGGGUUACGCUGAGGUCAUUGAAGAAGUCAUAAUCGGAGAAGAUACACUGCUACGUUUCUCUGGAGUUACCAAGGGCGAAGCCUGCACUAUCGUUUUACGCGGAUCCACGGAACAGCUUCUUGACGAGGCUGAGCGGUCUCUCCACGACGCCCUCGCCGUUCUUUCACAGACCGUCAAAGAGCCCAAGGUCACCCUUGGUGGUGGAUGUGCUGAAAUGAUAAUGAGUUUGGCGGUGGAGCAUGCUGCACAAAACACAACUGGAAAGAAACAGUUGGCUGUUGAUUCAUUCGCCCUCGCCCUACGACAACUUCCUACCAUUCUAGCAGACAAUGCUGGUCUCGACAGCUCAGAUCUCGUCGCCCGACUCCGACAGGCCGUCAGCAAAGGCAUGUCCAGCUCCGGCCUCGAUCUGUUCAACAACAAAAUCGGCAACAUGGCCGAACUCGGAGUCGUAGAGGCGUACAAACUGAAGAGAGCCGUUGUCAACUCAGCUUCUGAAGCCGCGGAGCUUCUGCUGCGUGUAGACAAUAUCAUCCGUGCGGCUCCUCGGCGGCGUGAGCGUAUGUAGGGGUUGUACGAGUGAACUGAAAUGUUAAUGGUGAACCAAUAAAAUGAAAAGCAGGAAGCUGGAAUGGAUGACUCUUUUGCAUGACACAUGUGCUAUAAAAAAUAGAUAUGCCGAUAAUACCAGGCCCUGGCCGUUCUACAAGCUACUACCAUUUACAUGUAGUGUAACAACAAGUCAUUGAAUAGCAA